AGGAAUGUCAUGCUAAAAUCUAUAUUCUCUAGCAGUUUGCAUUUAUGUACAUAUAAAUUUAAUGUAGGUAUACACAAGAAGAAGAGUUAAACCUGAGUGCACUUUGAGUGCUAAUAAAAAAGCUGUUAUUGUGUUAUCAUUUCGAUUACUUGACAAGGACAUGGAAGACGAAUUAGAAGACAGAGUUUUGUACCAAACAUAUCUUUCAUUUAUGAAAAUCUUGUCACGUUUCACUAGUAGUGUUCCGCUUGAUACUCCCGUAAGCUAUUUAUGGAAGAUGGUGCGCCUUUAUUUACUUCGGUCUGAAGUGGUUGUGUUCACGCUAGGCAUAAUAUUAUUUUUUAUGUACUUGCAAACGAUCGAGCAAUGGAGUCGCACUAUGCUGAGCAGAUUGUCCCAGGCUAUGAGUCCUAUCAGUGCUGUUCAACGGAUGAAGAUCUUGGAGGGCUCCGACGCUGAUAAGCAAAGCUGGGAGCAAAAGGGGACGUUGAGCGCUGCUUAUGCAAUCAAAGGCAGGCGAGCUCACAUGGAAGACCGAUUUAUCAUCAACGAAAACAUAAAUAACACUGGGAUCUCACUGUUUGCUAUAUUCGAUGGACACGGGGGUGAGUUUGCCGCCAACUACGCAAAAGACCAUCUGAUUCAAAACCUUUAUAAUAAAAUAGUGGAAUUACAUGCAUUUAAGGAUGGCAAAAUAAUAAGUACACCUGUGACGGAAACUUCUGACGAGUCCAAACCAAAGGAAGAGAACAAUAUCACUGUUGACAGAAAAUCUAGCUUUAAAAAAUCUGUGAGUACUGCGGACGAUACAUCAAAGAAGGAAAUCACAGAUCCAGAGCUUUUGGCACAGCUGUCCAAAGCAAGACCUAUCACCAGAGAAGUGAGACCAGCUGCCAAGCCUGUCAAGAAUGUGCCCAAACCCCUAUCCAGUUACAUGGACAAGGGGAAGAUAAACUAUGGCAAACUGUUGACCGAUGAGGUGUUGGCUGCUGACAGGCUUCUGGUUGAAGCUGCAAAAAGGUCCUUGAAUGUAGCGGGCACUACAGCUCUGCUUGCUGUGAUGGAAGGCAACCACCUCAUUGUAGCUAAUGUGGGCGACUCAAGAGGAGUAAUGUGUGACUUGCGUGGAAAUGCUAUUCCUGUGUCAUUUGACCAUAAACCACAACAGGUCCGUGAACAGAAAAGGAUUGAGGCUGCCGGUGGCUACAUAGCAUUUAAUGGAGUAUGGAGAGUAGCAGGAAUAUUGGCAACAUCACGCGCUAUGGGAGACUAUCCCUUGAAAGAUAAGAAAUUUGUGAUUGCUGACCCUGAUAUUUUAACUUUUAACCUUGACGACCACAAGCCUAUGUUCUUAGUUCUUGCAUCUGAUGGACUGUGGGAUACCUUCUCUAACGAGGAGGCUGUAAAAUUCAUUAAGGAAAGGCUAGAUGAACCUGAUUAUGGAGCUAAAAGUUUAACACUACAAGCAUACUACAGAGGAUCUGUAGAUAACAUCACAGUCUUAGUUAUCAAUUUUUUAACCAAUAAAGUAUUUGCUGCAGUCUCACAGUAAAUAUUUUGGGUAUUGUAUACACUAGCGUGUCAAAUUCUAAAAUCUUACAAUUUAUGAAACAUUUACUUGAAUUUUAUCCCUAAAAUUGUAAGUUUUUUACUAACUCAGUACCGAAAAUUCAUGCGUGAAAAUGUCAUUGAUUAAUUUUCACAGCAUUUUCCUACGGGAUACUUAUAAGUAACAAGAUGUAAUACUAACUGUUGUCUUUGCAUAAUACUUAUGAAGUAACAUUAAAAUGCAUAUUAUAAAUCAUUAAAGACAUAAUAUAUUCAAACAACUGUUUAAGUAGGUAGAAUUCAUAAUUGUAUGUCUUUUUUUAACCAUAAUAAUGUAUUUAUUUUUGUGAAACAUUUAAGAGUUAGUCAUCAUAACAAAUAGAUGUUUGUUGUAUAAGAGUAUAACAUAAUAUCAAAAUUGCAUUUUAAACUACUGAUGAUAUUAAUACCUACACAUUAUCUGAUUGUCCUAGUAUAGAUAGUUGUCAUCAAGUUCUGUAUUAUUCCACUUUAGUAUCUGCAGUGUUCAUGUUUAUAGUUUAACUGUGAAAUUAAAUAAUAUCAUCUUGGUAUAUAUUGAUGUUACUGUUAAGAUUAUGGAAAUUUUGUAUAUAGUUACGUCCAGUAGAUUAUAUAUUACUUAGAUGAGAGUCGUUUAUAUUUUUGAAUGUAUAGGGUCAUAUUUUUGAAAAUCUAAAGUUUUGAAUUUAUGGAUGGUUGUGAUGUGGAUACAGUUUUCAAAUUGGGUGGUCUAUAAGAUUAAUAUUUUAUUGUUUACCCAUCAUUAUACCCCUUGUCCUCUUGACAACUGUUUUAAAUAUAUGUAAUAUUAUAUAAUUAUAUUGUAAUAAUAUGUCAUAUUUUAUCCUCAUAAGAUACCUACAUACCCUGCUUAUCAUCGUCAAAUGCUAUGGGAUUGUUGCUUUAUCAUCUUUUAAAUGUUGGGUAUAGAUAAAUAAUUUCGUUUAGGUUAAUAGAUGGUAAAAUGGUAAAAAAAAACGAUUUUGUAUUUUUUGUGAUAUUGGCACAUAGGUUCUUAUUUCCCUUCAUUGUAUAUUACUACUUACUGCAUUUCCUUCUGUUUGAGUAUUAUUUUUUAUUCAAAGUGCGUUCAUAUUUGCCUGUGGUGCUAGUCAUAUUUUUGUAGUUUUAUAUUUUCUUUUUUUCUCUAAUAUUGUUCUUGCAUAAUAAGGCACUACAAUUUGCUGUUAAUUAAUGAGAGCUUUUAUAAACUUUAUAAUAAGAAUAGUUUUUUUAUUCUUAUUUCCAUGUUCACCAGGUUUAUGUAUCAAUAAGACCAAAUAAGUAGUUUUUAUUAAGAAGAUAUUAUUUUUCAAAAUCCGGUAUGCUAAAUAGUAAUCAUACAUAAUCAGCGAUAAAUAUUUUUUGAAUUGUCUCUGGUUCAUUAUAGUUGCGUGUCACGAAUGCAAUUUUUCACCCCUGAACAAUUUAGCCCAUGUUUAAACUUCUUACCACGUCAGGAGAUAGUUUUAUAAAUAAUCCUAUUUGUUGAUCUGGUGAGAUGACGUGUUUCAUAACGAUUCAUAAGAGAUAGCGUCAUCAACGAUUUAUUGUAUAAAUAAUGAUGAUAGGUAGUCUGGUUGAUUUUACCAUUGGUAUUUUUUUAUUUUUACUUUUAUGUGGGAACUGUUCAAGACACCUAUUUUUGUAAUUAUAUCUUUAUACAGAAAAGGAUUCUAACGUUCUAUUUAAGUACAAAAAAAUGUUUACAAAGUAUAUCUGUCGGCCUAUGAAGAAUGGCGUAUUACUAUCUUUUAACUACACGUUUUUGGGGCCAAAAUGAAUCUACUUUCUACUUGACCUAAUUGAUGCCUAGUAUAAUAUUGGUCACAAUUGAAAACAUUGUAUUUUAAUAGGUAAGGUCAAGGUGCCAAAAUUAUUUGGAUUAUGUAAUAGUUUGAUAAUGGUCUGGAUUGCGAACACAUAACAGAAGUAAGAAGAGUUAAGCCCUUGUUGUGUUACCCUAUAUUUUGUAGUGAUUUUAACAUAUGUAUAAGUAGUUAGGAUUUUUGUACAUAAUCAGUGUUAUAUAUGUGUAAAUCUACCAAAGCCUCAAAGGUUUAUAUGUUGUCCAAAUGUCUUACUGCUUGCCUCAGGUCUACCUACCAAAGUAUAACAAUACUGUACGUAAUACUUAAUAAAUGGUAUCUUGAAA